AUGCCACAAAAGAGGAAACAUUCUCUGUUGGAGUCAAGCAAGCAGAAGCCUGGUGCGGAGCACAAGUUAGAGACGGGCGAUUAUCAAGACAGAAUCGCAUGUUCAGGUGCUACGGGGCCUCUUGUUUGUCCUUCACCAUGCAAUCCAAGUCUCCCUGGGGCUUCUGUAGAAACAGGUGAUUCACUAGAAAUUUCUUGGAAGACAUUUCUGUCUGUGUUAAGAUCCAUGGAGGAAUGUUCGGAAAGCAAGAUGAGCACCUUGGUUCCGCAGCUAAUAACAUCGCAACCAAUUCUAUUGAGGAAAAAAAUUGCCACAAAACCUGAAAAAAUAAGAAAAGGCCGAUCAAGUGCUUUCCCUGUUAUACUGAGACCUGGUGAAAAAUCAAAUGCAGUACUCCAAAAGGAAAGGGAACUGAGUGCUGUCGUUCACAACUCAAAGCAAGACAUGGAGAAAAUUAGAAUUGGCUCUGGUCAACCUGAUUCUUGUGGAAAAAAUUCUAAAGGAGACAUAUGUCACUCAGCAAGCAAAACUAAGGGAGAGCAAACCUCAAAUGAAACAAGUUACACUCAGCUACCGUUGACUCUACCUGAGCCCAAAUCUACAGUCCAAAGACAACGUGAAGUACCUCCUCUCAUUGCACAAGAAAACACAGCCUUGCCACACAAGUUCAAAAAAGGCAACUUAGGGCUGGCAAAUCACAAAGAGUGGCAUCAACAGAGUGAACAUUUUAAUGGAGACAGGUCUAAAUCAUGGAGCUCUAUCAUUAUGGGGGGUGAGAGACGCACGCAAAUCUGUUGUGAUCUCAAUUUCUUCAGCAUCUGUUGUUUGCCUAUGAGAAGAAACCGAAGAAUUCAGCCGAAGUCAUCCCAAACAGAGACUCAGCUGUCAUCUCGGGAGAGCAAUUGCGUGGGAUCAAACAAAGUUUUCCGUCAGAAAGUAAAUAGCAAUGUUAGUGCACUCCCUCACUUGGAAUGCCAAACGAAACCCAAUUUUCUGUCCAGUGCUGUGAAGCACCAGCCACAAGAUGGUACCCUGCCACAAAUAGCUACUAAGAACUCACAAAACACAUUGCAUCAGCAGGAAAACAAAGCCCCGCCAUUUUCUUCAGCAUUACCUGAAAGCAGCAACCGAGUGCUGUCUAGCAAAGCAGAACUAGAAAAAGCCCAUAAUCUCAAACUUCCUCUGACUGCAGCAGAGAGCUUGAAAUUUUUUAGAAGUCAACUAGCUCUGUAUGAACAACAAGUUAAAGACUACAAGGCUGUAGUAUCUGCCGGGCUAGGAGCUAAGAAGAUCGAAACAGGACACCCUGGCCCUUGAGAGAACAAUAAUUCCCUAUGGCCUGGCGAUCACGAGCUCUUACAAAAAAAAAGUAGUGACCGUGCAUACAGAUCUGAAAUAUUGGCUAUCGUUGGGGAAAGAGAUCGUUUAGGCAAUAUGGUAAGAUGUCUGGAUCACAAGACAGGUGAGAAAAUUGGCAUGAAAAUAAUCUGGAAUAAAGAGAAAUUUUAUAGCCAGGCCCUGGUGGGGAAGUCAGCAUUCUUGACACCCUUAGCGAGGAUGAAGAUUAAUCACGUACAACGUAUGAUCCACAUGAAAGAAUAUUUACUUCCGUAUCACUUCUGCAUUUCUUUUGAACUAUUAGGUAUAAAUCUGUAUGAAUUAAUCAAAAAUAAUUUCCAAGGCUUCACCUUGAGUCUGGGAUUAAAACCGGUUCCUCAGUGUAUAUUAAGAUGUUUACAAUUUGGUAUACAGAAAAUUAUCCACUGUGAUCUAAAAUACGAGAACAUACUUAUAAACCAACCACAACCAGGGCAAAUUUCGUUUAAAGUUAUCGACUUUGGAUCAAGCUGCUUUGAGCACCAAAGAGUGUACACGUAUGUCCAGAGUCGGUUUUAUCGUUCCCCGGAAGUGAUUCUUGGCCACCCUUAUGCAACUUCCAUUGACAUGUGGAGUCUGGGCUGCAUCAUGGCUGAGCUCUACACAGGGUACCCCCUCUUUCCCGGAGAGAAUGAAGCGGAGCAGCUUGCCUGCAUCAUGGAGAUACUUGGCCUCCCACCAACCGAUUUCAUUCAGACGGCAUCAAGAAGGAGAAACUUCUUUGACUCUAAUGGUGUCCCAAAGAAUGUAACCAAUAGCAGGGGGAAAGUACGAAACCCAAAUUCGAAGGAUCUGAGUAUUGUAUUGAAAACCUACGAUGUUUCGUUUCUGGAUUUUCUGAAGAAAUGUCUGGUAUGGAAGCCUGCCUCGCGGAUGACUCCGGAACAAGCGAUGCACCAUGCCUGGAUGCAGGACCCAUUGGUACAUAAAACAAAACAAAAACCCAAGAUGGUUCCAAAGUCCAGCGAGGGAUCCUUCGUCACCCCUGAGAAGAAAAAGGAGAUCUUUCAUAAAAUCCCACAGCCGGAAAGAGGAGACGAAAUCUGGCACCCGCCCCCUGGAGAAAUUAAAUGCGAACCCCCUGAGAAGUUGCCUGUUGCUAACCAAAAAAUGUCUACCCUGGUUCUGCCCCAAGAAACAAACAGAGAUGAAAGCCAGGAUGCAAACCAACAGGACACUUCCGUGAAAGAGAGAGAGACCCCCAUGGACAAAGCUGUAAAAAGAGACCACAGGACUGAGAAGGUCGCACACAAAAAUACAAGCAUCUUUCCACCCAUUCGGUACAAGCAGUAACUUGGCCCUCUUUCCAUAUCUUUGUGGUACAUGGUGUGUGUUUGUGUGUUUUUUAAGGUAAAUAUUUUGCUGUACUGUGUUCAAGAACAGAAAUUGAAUGUAUAGCACUCUGCAUAUGGUCUGUGCGCCCUUCUUGCCAUUUUAACAAGGUUGUGGAAUAAGAUUGAAUGAAACGGAAAUGUGUAUUUUCUGCCAUUUGGAUGGGAGACCCUUCUGCUACCUGACCUGGCAGAAAGGUUUGGCUGGAACAGGGGAGAAGAGAACUACUAUGUGUGCUCUGCAAAACGAGGACUGGCAAAAGAUGACUGAUGCUGAGCCUUUAAAACACUUCUUGCGGCUUCUGGGAUGUUUCAAUCAGUUUAAAUUUUUUUUUAAAAAAAAUCCGGCACUCAUGAUUUCAGGACUCCUAAAAUCUCAGAAUAUUAAAAGCAAAUCCACAGUCA